AUGUUCUAUGAAGUAAACAAAAUUGCUGAUGGUGGAUUCAACAAAUGUGAAAAGUUCAUUGAAACGUUCUUCAAAGGUUUCAGUAAAGGAAACUUAGAGAACAAAGAAAAAACAGUUAAAUUGUCUUUAUCGCAAAACAAGAUCAAUAUUACUUGUUCCUUCAAACCUAUUAAAAGCACAGACUCUCAAUUUAUUUGUGUAUCAGAAAAUCUACAAACAUCGAUGACAAGAAUCUGCGAAGUUACAGAUAACAGUGAAUUUGAUUUCAUUCCAAAAUCAAAUAAUUCGAUAUUUGGUUUGGAAGAUUUCGAAAGAAAUAUUUCGGACAACUUCAAUACUGAAGAAAUGUUCACUCCAAACAAAGCAAUGCAGUAUAUUGCAUCAGAGAAAGGCAGCGGAAUAUCAAUGUCAGGAUUAAUCAGAUUCAUAAUCACAGAUGGCCAAGACCAGAGAUUUAGACUCGAAAAAAAGGCAGGUUAUGUACCAAGUUAUUCCUUGUUUUUCGUCAUUGAUUGUACAGAAUCAUCAUCUGGAAUGCUCUCAAUGAAUACUACAGUACUAACUGUCUUCAGCACAUUAAUUGCAUUCAAAGAAUGCAACUGUCCAAUCACAGUAAUUUUGGCAACUUCCACCGGUCCAGUUGCAGUUUGUAUCAACAAGAAGAAAGAAGACAUUUUCAUUGAUAACCCCCCAGUUUUCACAGAAAUAUAUAGAUGGUUAACAGCAGCGAAUAUACAAUCUCAAACAGUAUUUGGAUUCUCUCAGGCAUUGACAGCUGCAUACAACAUCAGGUGCAGACAACAAGAACAAGAAUCUGUUCUUAUUGCAAUCACAAGUGCCCAUUUCUAUCAGACUGAGAUGGGUGCAGUUGGAACAUGCAUCUCCACAUUGCAGUCAUUGAAGACAUCUACAAUUGGUGUUGGAGUAGGAAUUUGUCCGAAGAAUAUCUCGAAAGUUUUCAGUAAAUCUGUUUGGUCAGAUAAUCCUCUGAAAAUUGGAGAGUGCUUCAGCAAAUUAUCACAUUUAGAUACAAGUGAAGGAAUUACAGAAGGAGAAAUAACUUCCCCAGUUUUACCAGAGAAAAUCUCGAUUAAAGAACUCAAUGCUCAAUUAAGUAACAAAGACAACAGAUUUUUCACAGACCUCACUAAUAAAUUGGAAAAGAUCCAGAUAUUUGAUGCAGCUUGUGGCUACUACAUUAACGAAAGACCAGCAAAUAUUGAUGUUCCUUCAACAAAAUCAGGUAAAGGCCAAGAGCCUAAAAGUAAUCUCCCAGAUGAAGAUCUCGGCAAGAAUGCAAAAUGGCCAUAUAAGAUUCUCAUUUGCCAACUCUACGAUGCAACAGUAAACCAAGAAGGAGAACAAAAUAAACAAGAACCAAAUCCACCAUCUCGACCAUUAUCACCUCAAAAACUACCUCCUCCGAUUAUAAGAAUUAAAGGUAUUCAUAAUCAAGGAAAUCAAGGUACUCCAAAUAAAGGAAAUAAAGGUACUCCGGAAACAGAAAAUCAACCAAUAGACAAAUAUGUCACAUUCCAAACUUUGAAUGGUAAAAAUGGAAUUAUUUGCCGUUUGAGAGACCUUGGCUUUACAGUCACAGUUUCUCAGAAUUACUGCAAUUGUAUUGCCGAAAUAUUAUCAGGAGAAUACCACCAAGUUUGGGUUAUUUGCUCAAAUGGCCAAGAGGCAAAACCAUCAGAUGCUGGAGUUUAUCCAAAAAUUAAAAAGAAAUCUAAUCAAAUCAGAGGAGAUUCAACUGAUUUCUCACACGCUUACCAAUUUGUUGAGACAGUUGAAAUGUUCAGGCAGAAAGGUGGUGGUAUUUCAUUUUGGGCUGAUCAGGGAUUCACCUUUGAAUUGGACUAUUAUUUGAAACAUGUCAAAUUGUAUGAUUGUGAUGAAUGUGAUUCAAAAUCACAAAAUCACAAAAUACCAGUUAAACUUAGGUUCAAUGGCGAAGAUCCAGUCAGAGGACAAGUUCUUGACAGAAAAACUCCAGCAACUUUCGAAAAGAAGUCAUUCGAUUCAGAUGAUUCUAAGAAAAUUGCAAAUUAUGAUUAUUAUCUUUACGGAUACAAUGUUCUUAAGUUGCAAGAAGGAACAACAAUUGCAGGAGCUAAAAUCCCCGAUGGUUUGAACUAUAAUGAAAUCUGUGAGCAUAUCAAACCAUUUAGACCUUUCUCACUCAGUUCCGAUAAAGGAUUAGUUUCUGGCUGCUAUUAUGUCUCUCCCAAAUAUUCCAAUGAAGGUGACAUAAUCAUCGAUGGCGCUGCUUCUCGUCUCUUCAAAGAACUCAACUUGGAAGGUGUCAAGAGAUUGGUUAGAAACAUGGCUGUUUGCCUUGUCAACAAAUGGAGAACUAUCGCAGAGACAGGUCACUAUGAGAAUAUGCAACCUAUUUCUGGUAUUAAAUUACCUCCAAUUCCUAAAGAGAUACCUGCUCCAAUGAGAAAAUUCAAACCAAUUGAUUUGGUUUUCAUAUAUGAUGCAACUAAAUCCACAGAAAAAAUCAAGGAUUUGAUUAAAUUCCAGAUCAAAAACGCCAUCGAUUGGUUCAAAGAAACAAAUGCCGAUGUCAAAAUUGCACUUAUUGCAUUCAGAGAUUUGAUUUACGCAAAGAAAUUGAAUAGGUCUAUUGGCAAGAAUAAUACCGAGUACAUUAAUUUCCUCCCUAUUGAUAGAGCCGAUGAAUUGGUCAGUGCAAUAGAGUUUAUCCCCUGCCAAGGAGGAAUGGGAGAUGGUCCAGAAGAUUGGAACUCAGCAUUCAAGGCGUACUUCAUGCUAGAUUUCAAAAAAGAAGCUGCACAAAUCAUUUUCUUCAUCACAGACGAUGGAGCUCAUCAUCCUGAUUUCCAUUCCAAGCCUGAUAAUGAAUUGGCUGCAAAACUAUUAGCUGAAGGUAAAAGUUCCAAACUGAUGAUGAGAAAUACUCAAUUGAUUAUUUCAUUGGACUUAACGAAACAUUGA